UCUUUGUGUGGGCAAUUGCUCGUCCCUAAUCACGUUUACGUAAAUCCAGCAAACACAAAAUGUCUAGAAAUUUGUUUUUAUCUAUUACAAACUUUAUAAGAAAUGUGGAGCGCCUGUUUCUGCCACAUGGAGGGCAUCCUCCAGCCCUUGCGUUGGCCGGUAUUCAGCAUGAUCACAGCCAGAAGUCCGCCCAGGAAUUCAGUUUGAAGCAAUUAAUUGGCGAUGGAAUGUUGUGGGCUGUCCCAAAACACAGGCGAUCAGUAGAGAAACGGUUGAAGCGAAAGUUCGGUUACCCAGAAUACAAUUGGAAGCCUCUGAGGGAAAAGCGAAACAUUCGCUCGUGCCUGCAAUGCGGACAUGACCACGAAAUGGGGGUUCUUUGUCCUUUCUGCUACCAAAAAGUCCUGAAGGAAACGGAGCUCAUGCAGUCAAAAAUCCAGGAAAGUCUGGGACUAGAUCCCGUGGAUAAGGAGGUUAUAGUGCUUUAUGAAGGCGAAAAAGCAGAACAGUCCUCAGAAGAUCUAAAAAACAAGCGCAUCGUGGAGAUGAAGAAGCCUCGCCCCAUGUGGUUCACCAAGAACUUGCUUCAGAAAUCCACGCAGCAGGUGUCGGAUACUAAAGAAGUGAAGCCCUCCGAUUUGGCCUAGUUGUUACGCAUCUACUUUGCAUUAAACACACUUUUGUUUUCAA